UAUUUAUGAACCAGCAUGAAGGAAUGGCCCAAUUUUAACAACUACCUCAAUAUCAACUGUCGGUAUGCCAGCAAAAAUGUUUGGCGGCCCCUGCCUCAGAACAGGGGACCAGAAGGAUGUAUUGGAGGGUUCAUGGUAUCCUCCAGGAGCCCAGGAGUGCCAGCCCGAGAGCCUACUGACCUGCCUCUCUGCCCUUCUUUGCCCACAGGUUAUGAGGUGACAGUGCUGGUGCGGGACUCCUCCAGGUUGCCUUCGGAGGGGCCCCAGCCAGCCCACGUGGUAGUGGGCGAUGUUCGGCAGGCAGCCGACGUGGACAAGACUGUGGCUGGGCAGGACGCUGUCAUCGUGCUGUUGGGCACCGGCAAUGACCUCAGUCCUACCACAGUGAUGUCCGAGGGUGCCCAGAACAUUGUGGCGGCCAUGAAGGCCCAUGGUGUGGACAAGGUCGUGGCCUGCACCUCGGGAGACCAGCCACUGACUGGGGCCUACACAGUGACCCUGGAUGGACGAGGGCCCUCAAGGGUCAUCUCCAAACAUGACCUAGGCCACUUCAUGCUGCGCUGCCUCACCACCGACGAGUAUGAUGGGCACAGAACCUACCCUUCCCACCAGUAUGACUAGGGCUCUGUCCCUGUCCAGAGGACAGCGUCCUGGAGAAUGUGGAACCAAGGAAGGCAGCAAUAAAGCUUGAGCCAAGAGCUUCAGAUUAUGCUAGAAGUUCCAACUCUGGCUUUGGGUA